AUGAGAAAAUCAAAGGUCCCAAAAUCAACCUCUGCGAAUCUUGAGCAAGCGUAUCGCUCCCUCAUCUCCGCUUCCAGAGGUUUAUCUCGCACUCUUAGCCCUUCUCUUCCUGAAUCUCAGCCUCCGCCACCGCAAUUAGAAUCCCAAUCCCCUUCUACGGUGGUUAGCUCGUUCCCAGCUCCGGUGACGCCGUCGCCUCCAUCUCAGGAGGAAAUUCAAACCAGAAGCAGGAACAGAGAAGAGAUUCGAAGAGUAAUCCAAUCCCAAGACGAAGGUACUUAUAAUAAGAAGAAGACGAAGCAGGAUGAAGCUUCCCUCAAGUCUGAAGAGGACUUGGAACUAAAGCAGAACCUUGAGCUCUAUGUCGAGAGGGUUCAGGAUCCCAAUCCCGAGUUGCAGAAGGCUGCUCUUGAAAGCAUGAGAUUAUCAAGAGAUUGGGAUGGAAUCGCCCGAGUCGUUUUCCACCAUGUUUAUGAAGCCUAUCCACCAGCCGAUGUGCAAGAUAUUGCACCUACACAAGUGACUCUUCUUCUGAUUGAGAUAUCUAGUGCCAGAGGAAGAAGAUGAAGAUAGGAGACAAGGGCACAUGAAGAGGCAUUCUAUGUAGAGGAGAUGUAUUGGUCUUGUAUUUUUAAUUGAUGUAGUAUUUUUAUAAAAGUUUUUGUAUAUGAUUUCAUGUAAUAAUGAUAAUAAAAUAUUGUAUUUUUUAUUUUUGAUAUGUAAUUUUAAUCCAAAAAUCACAGUAAAGAUGAUUUAAAUACAA